CGCGAUUAUAUGAUUAUGUUAUGUUGACAGCCAAGGAGCGCAUGUCUGUGAAUAUUUUAUCUAACAAAACCAGAGAAGAGGAACUCACCUUGUAUUUUAACAUGGGAGGUCAGAUAACAAGACAUACCUUGUACGAUUCUCUGGGUGGCCCCUUCCCCACCACAUCCCACCGCUAUCACCAUAAGCCCACCAAGCAAUGUCUGCCCGUCCUGCAGUGUGGGAGCAGCCUGUCCUCUUUUCCCCUGCUCUUCCACCCCAGUGCCAAGGGCUCCCAGAUCAUCAUGGACGUGGCCCAGAAGACYGUAAAGAGGCAGGCCAGCUUCUGCAAUGCCAUCACCUUCAGCAACCGGUCCAUUGCCCUGUACGAGCAGGUCCGCCUCAAGAUCACCAAGAAGCAGUGCUGCUGGAGCGGAGCCCUGCGUCUGGGCUUCACCUCCAAGGACCCGUCCCGCAUCAACCCAGACAACCUGCCCAAGUAUGCCUGCCCAGAUCUGGUCUCCCAGAAUGGCUUCUGGGCCAAGGCCCUGCCCGAGGAGCUGUCCAAUGAGGGUAAUGUCAUCUCCUUCUGGGUGGACAAGAAGGGUCGGGUGUUUUACCGCAUCAAUGGCUCCAGCCCCAUGCUGUUCUUCAGCGGGGUCCAUGCCUCCGAGCCACUUUGGGCUCUCAUAGAUGUCUACGGCCUGACACGAGGGGUCCAGCUACUSGACAGUGAGAUGGUGCCUCUAGAAUGCCUGCGUCCUCGCUCCUUCACCACCGCCCACCGAGCAUCGCUACGGCGGGACCCAGACAACCUUUCUAUUAGCCUGUGUGACCUCAGCCUCCAGCAGCAGGAGCAGGAGGAAGAGGAGCGCCUGCACCCCCUCAGCUCCACCUCUUGUUCCAUCCCCCAGAACUCCCUCAACUCCCAGCAGUGCUCCCUGCUCCCCUCGCUCCUCGACAGCGAUCUCCACUUCCACCCCCUCCGAGGCGCCCAUGUCAAGGCCCUCGAUGAGCACACGGUGUCCCGGAGCGUGGAGCAUCGCAGCGGUGAUGAGAGGACCCUGGUGUUUACCAGCCGGCCCCUGCGUUGCGGAGAGAGCGUGUUCGUGAAAGUGACUAAGACGGGUGCCACACGUCUCGGUUCACUCUCCUAUGGCGUGACGUCGUGCGACCCGGCUUGGCUUCGUCCGAGCGACCUACCAUACAGCCCGGAGUCCCUGGUCGACCGCAAGGAAUUCUGGGCGGUGUGUCGGGUGGGGGCGCCCCUGCAGAGUGGUGACAUCCUGGGUUUCGUGGUGAACGUGGAGGGGGAGGUGUUUCUGAGCCACAAUGGAAUCAACGCAGGGAUGCAGGUGUGUGUGGACAACUCCAGACCUCUGUGGAUGUUCUUCGGUCUGCAUGGAGCCGUCACACAACUCAAGAUCCUAGGCUCGUCUCUGAAUGCAGACCCUCGGGGACUGUCAAUUCCCAGCUCCCCCAACACCCCAACUCUGCGUUGCAGCGUCAGCUCCGAGCCCAACUUCAACUCCAACCUGAACAUCAACCUCAACACCAGCCUCAACGCCAGCAACCCACCAGCCUUCAGCAGCUCCACAGGUACGAGCCCCAGCUCGCCAUUCUCCAGCCACUCGGAAUCCCCCACCUUCCCAUCAUGCUCUGGCUCGUGGAGUGACGAGUGCACCAUCUGCUAUGAGAACGUGGUGGACACGGUGCUGUACGCCUGUGGUCACAUGUGUCUCUGCUACGCCUGUGGCCUCAAACUGAAGAAGAUGGCCAAUGCCAGCUGCCCAAUCUGCAGAAGGACAAUCAAAGACAUUAUAAAGACCUACCGGAGCACGUAGGAUCUGCCUGGCUGUGUAACAUCAAGGCUCAUUCAUCAAAGAAACCAUUGAGACCUAUUGGAGCAUGUAUGUUUGGCCUGACUGUCUCAAUAUUGCUCAGCAACAUUAUGAGAUUCAGCAUCAUGCAGUUGGACCAUCAAAGAUAUCAGAAAAACAUGUUGGGAUAUGAAUACAUUGUAAAGAUUAACAGGAAGAGGUAAUGCUGGCCUCCAGUGUGUCACUGUGGCCCAGAUACUGGAUUGGGUUCAGCCACCAUGGAGCUGGACUUAACCAGGAGGGAUCUGGCUCACUCUCUGCAGAACAAUCAUCAUUCAUCCCACUGAUGAUAUCAUUGCUACUAGGAUGUUUCAGAGACAAAAUAUACAUUCCAUUGCAUGAGCCACAUCACUAAACAUAAUUUAAAUGAACAUUCUGCAUUACCAUGAAAAUGAUUGCAUCCCAAUACCAGGCAGUCAUUGCGAGUAGUGUACCCAUGAGUUUACCAGUCAAAUUGCCAGGGUUUAAGGUUACAAGCCCAUUAUAUUAAUUAUAUGUCUAUGUGUACUGCUGCUGCAUUGUGGGGGGUGUUGCCUAGGCAACCAAAGACUCAUUUGCUUGUUUCAGCAAGUUGUUAAGAGUCCACGUUACAGCCGAAACGGACUCAACCGCAUGAAUGCCCUGCCGUCCCAUUUUCAGUCAGCAGUUCGUUAUGACAGUUAUUUUAUUUUCAUAACGGUCUUCAUACAUAACUGUCAGUUAUACAGUAAUUGUGGCAGACCUAGUGUCUGUACAAUUCAUUUCCAUCUGUGACGCUCUGAAUGUUCCGCCUGGUUGAAUAAUAGCGUUAGCCUUUGGACAAGUGACUCAUGAAUGAAGAGGACAUGCAGUUUUUAGUUUGUUUGGUUGGAGAAGAAAGUGUAAGAUAUUGCCAUGAAAAAGGGAUGGUGUAAUCAGAGGAAGUAUUGUACCUGUGAAAAGUAAGGAAUAUAGUAAUUAGCUGUGUGCCUAUGUUGCAUGAAUAAUCCCUUACAUGCAUUCUCUACCCAGUCUCAAAGACACUGUAGGGAAGAUCACAUGCAGGCAAAAAUGUGAGAAUACAGUCAGCUGCUCACCAUAGAAUGUUAUAGAUUCAAGGUGGAUGUAAAUCUAUGUGGAUAGAGCAGGGGUGUCAAACUAAUUUUGCCCCGGGGGCCGCAUUCGGUUUUCAACAAGGUCCGGAUGGCUCCACUCAAAAUGUGUUAUUUCCUUACCAUCAAAAUUGACAAAUUGUCUUUUGGAAUUUUCAAUGCUCCUUGACUGUCUAGCUUUCAUUUAGAUUAUUAUUAGCGAACUGGACACAGUAAAAAAAACGGUAUGAAUGUAGAUUCAUUAUCAUUUAUACACAGUUUCGAUUUGUUAUAUUGAGUUUGUUCUGUCCGUCUGUCCSYC